AUGGCGAAGGAAGCCAUCAGCUUCCAACUGAACGUUGGACAUAAGUAUUUGGUAGUAGUGAUUCUGAUGUCAUCAACUUUUGGUAAGUCUGGUAGGGUAGGGUAGGGUAAAGUAGGUUAGGGUAGGGUAGGGUAGGGUAAAGUAGAGUAGGGUAGGGUAGAGUAGGGUAGGGUAGGGUAGGGUAGGGUAGGGUAGGAUAGGGUAGGGUAGAGUAGGGUAGGGUAGGGUAGGGUAGGGUAGGGUAGGGUAGGGUAGGGUAGGGUAGGGUAAGGUACGGCACGGUACGGUACGGUGGUCCGGUUUUUAAAUCCAUGCUGUUUUCAGUAUCCUCAUGUAACGUAGAUGACUGUACUACAAGAUAUAAUCAACUAAUGAACGACAGGGUUCUGAAUCCAUCCGAAACUCCAGAAUAUUGCACGGUAAGUCAAGAACUUUGUUUAAAAAACUGAAUAUGGCAAGAACUUUCUUUACAAAACAAAAAAUGGCAAGAACUUUCUUUACAAAAUCUUAAGAAAAAAUCCAUCGUAUAACUUGUCACCCGCAGGCUGCAAAAAAUGAAAUAUUGGUUUUUUAUUUCAAAAACGUUUUAAAAAUUAAAUUUUAAAUUUUUUUCAUUUUUUCAAAUUGAAAAAUAAUGUUUUGUUGAACUCAGCUGUUAACCAAACCCUACAUUGUAACAUGACAACGCCCUUUUUAUUGUUCCCUUUCAAAAUUUAUGUUAAAACAAAUCGCGACGACGAUUUUACGACCUUUUAUUGGAAAAUGAACAUCAAACAUCUAACAUAACAUAGUUUGUAGAGUUUGUAGUAUAGCCACAAAACAAAAUUUUUAAAAAUCUAAUUUUUGAAAAGAAAUUUUAUCAUUUUGGGCUCGUAUUACGUGCCGACAUAAAGAACCCGCCAUACUCUUCCUGUAAUUUUUUAUAAAAAAUGGCGGGUCUUUAUGUCGGCGCUGUAAGAUUUAGGGAAAGGAAAAGCAGGGUAAGGUAAAAAAUUAGGGCAUGGUAAGUCAGGGUAUGGCAAAAAUUUAGGGUAGGGAAAUGCAACGUAAGGCAAAAAUUUAAGAUAGAGUAAUGUAAGAUAAGGUGAGAAGUUAGGGCAGGGUAAAACAGAGUAAUGAAAAAAUUAGGGCUAGAGCUAGGGUUAGGGCUAGGGCUAGGGCUAGGGCUAGGGCUAGGGCUAGGGCUAGGGCUAGGGCUAGGGCUAGGGCUAGGGCUAGGGCUAGGGCUAAGGCAAGGCUAGAGUAGUCAAAAGCUUAAAAAUUAAGAAUCAAAUUGUUAUUUUUCAGGUACUCUACGAGUACGUGCAAUGUCUAACCUCAAUCCAAAACGUAUGUCGAUCUUAUCUUCACUUCCAUUCAUCGUUAACAGCCGCCAAUCAGCGAUGGAAGCGCUUCAGAUGCGCUUCUUUCUCUCUUUCAUCGAUUGAUAAAGGGGAAGAUGAGCAAAGGUGUUCUACUAUACCCAGGCAAGACCAAAGAACUUGUGCCUUCUUUGGUAGAUCACAUUUGCGACGUACUGAUGGUGCUAUCGAGACUUGUGCUGAGAUUGGCACUCGGCCGCUGAUUGAUAACAAGUUUGUUGUUGUGCAGGUGAGAAUGAGUUUUUGGUAAUGUGUUGUGGUACUAUUUAGUAUGUGGUACUGGGUAUAAAAGGGCAGGGUGAAAUAAGAUUCAUAGGGUAGGGUAGCGUAGAAUUUUAGUACUAUCCAGUAUAUAGGACUUCUUUUUCAAUACCUUUCCGUAUUUUUAGGUAACAAUGAAUCCAGAAACCUAUUCCCAGUACCCAAUCACUGUCAUUUCCAAGGUGAGUAUCGGUAUUCAAAUUUGAAAUUACUAUGUCGGCAGGUGUAAAUCGCACUGCUUAAUUAGGCGGAAGCUAUCUGGCGCCACUCUAAAAUGGGUUUUUUUUAGUUGUAAACAAAGUUUUUGCGGUUUUUAAAAAAAAUGUUUUUGGGAAGAAAGUUUCUGCGGUUUUUUUAAAAAUUACGGUUUGGAAAGAAAGUUUUUGCAGUUUUAAUAUAAAAUAUGUUUUUGGAAAGAAAGUUUCUGCAGCUUCUAAAAAAAAUGAUUUGUAAAGAAAGUUUCUGCCAUUUUUACAAAAAAUUUAACAGAAAAACGUUUUGCAGCCUGCAGGUGACAAGUUAUACGAUGAAACGUGUUUUCAAAACUUGUGUUCUUACCAAAAUCGAACCACACUGCUUUUCGAGUAUUAAAAAAACAUAAAUUAACCAGCAAAAACUUUAUUUCCGUCUGAGCCAAAAGUUCGCGGAAAAAAUAAAAAAAAUUGUGACUUUGGAAGGAGACUCUCCGGCGGCUAUUAAAUUGUAAUUAACCUUAAUUAAUAGACCUGAACAGUAGCAUGUGAAUGUUUUUUGAAGGCUUACUGACCCUACCCUACCCUACCCUACCCUACCCUACCCUACCCUACCCUACCCCACCCUAUCCUAUCCUACCCUAUCCUACCCUACCCUACCCUGCCCUAGGCAUAGGGAACGGGCCUGGUCCACUUUUCAGACCUGGUCCAAUCUGAGUUUUUUUCAGGUCCGGACAGGGCCGGCCCUAUUUUUUACGUAGAAACUGGCCGGACUUUUCGCGCCGGGCCGGGUUUUUUCGGGAUUUGCAGGCCCGGCCUGACCUAAACAUUGCACAAGCCCGGCCCGGUCCCCAUGUCUACCCUACCCUGCCUUACCAUGCUCUGCCCCACCAUGCAUUAUUUUGUCUUGGCCUAGCUGAUCCUACCCUACCCUACCCUACCCUACCCUACCCUACCCUACCCUACCCUACCCUACCCUACCCUACCCUACCCUACCCUACCCUACCCUACCCUACCCUACCUUACCCUACCCUACCCUACCCUACCCUACCAUAUCUAGUAUUGGUGUACAAGGUCAAAAAGUAAAUAGAAAAUUUUUUUUCCAAAAUUUCAAAUUUUUAGGUAACAAUAAUAUUCCGAUCGAACAGUCUCUGCGAAGAGACGAGAACCUACCAUGCCGAUGCCGAAGAGCCUCAUCUUCCGAACGCCUUCACCGACGGUACCACCUUCGCUGGUACCGACAAUGAUCCGCCCUUAAGUAUUGCCAAAAGAAAUGAAACUACAGUAAGACUACUGGUCCCAUACCUGGCCACCGAGAUUGUCAUACACAAAGUGUCGAACCGGCUAGAUGUUGUCAUCAAUACUCCGGAGAAGGUGCUCCAUUUGGAGUACCAUGAUGCACCAUUGAGACAGUUGUGCCUGACCGGCUGUACUCUGGCAGUACAUAAUGUUAGAGAGGCGGUUCAAGAGGGUAACGUCUUUGCCAAAUGUCAAGGGAUUAAGAGGCCAGAACUGGAAAAGGAGCAGGCUUACGGUAGGUUUUGGCGGAUUAAAAUAUUCAUCGUAUAACUUGUCACCUGCACGCUGCAAAAAUCAAAUUAGGCUGAUUUAGGUAAAAUAGCAAGAACUUUCUUUACAAAACAAAAAAUGGCGAGAACUUUCUUUACAAAACAGAAAAUUGGUAAAAACUUUCUUUACAAACCACAAAACGGCAAGAACUUUCUUUACAAAUCAUAAAUUGGCAAGAACUUUCUUUACAAAGCAUAAAACGGCAAGAACUUUCUUUUCAAAGCAAAAAAUGACAGGAACUUUCUUUACAAAAAUCGAUAUUACAGUAUACCGUUUCAGACCUAUGUCGUCAAGACUACGUCAGAGGUGAUCUCCACUCAUCCUGUGCCUUCGACCUACUGUACGGCCAAAACUUACAGUAUACCCACCAACCAAUGUCAAAUUCAACAAAAUCCGUAACAAUUGAAGAAUGGCAUACUGUAAUACGAACAUUACGGUACUUUGACGCUUUAAAAUCGACCAGAACUCGGUCGGCCAUGAAUUCGGUCCGCCGAUUGGACCGGACUAGGAUUCCAUGUCAGUUUUCUGCAGCUAGCCAGAAUUUUGUUGGCCUAAGCGGGUUCUUUCUACUUAUUGUCAAUGUUUUUCAUACUGUAUUUUAGGGUUUUCAUACAGUAUUUUAGGUGUUUUCAUACUGUAUUUUAGGAUUGUUCAUACUGUAAUUCAGGAUUUUUCAUGCUGUAUUUUAGGUUGUAUUUCAUUUUUUGAGAUUUUAAACUUUUCUGUUUGUUUUUGAUGUUAUUGUUCUUUAUAUUGUUCAUUUUUAUCUUAUUGUUCUUUGUUUUCAUAUUGUUAUCGCAUAAUUUUAACUAAUUUAAGCCUAAGUGUGGAUUUGUUAAUGUAAAUAAUCAAAAACUAAAUAAAUAAAUUAUAAAAUUAAAGCUUUUCAAAGUUAAAAUGACCUUUUAUGGACUAACUCAGCUCCAUUUCUAUCCGUAGCUCUAGUCUCCCUAGCCCUAACAUCAGCUUUAACCCUAGCCAGUCCUGGUUGGUCUCAGGCCUGGCCCUGGUCCCAGCCCUGUUCUUAAUCCAGGAUUUGAUUCUAGUCCUGGCCUUGGUCCUGGUCUUAGCCAUAGUCAUAGCUCAGCCCUAG